UUGUCAAAUUAUGAGCAGAUAGACAUGCGUAAGUAAUGUCUUCAUUCUAUUGGUAGCUAAAAUUUCCUGCUGUCACCAUUUGGGAAGAUCGUAAGUUUGCACUUGACUCUGCGCUUGACUCUCUGGGAAAGAAAUGUUUCGAAACUUUACACUGGAUAAUAAAUUGGAAGAGAAGAAUACUGGUCACUCCGUACGUGCCCUGAUCACAGAGACCACUCAUAUUGCUCAUGUAGCAAAGCAAAAUCAGACCCAAAUGCUUCACAAUUCAUCCAGAGAAGAUGGGACUCUGAAAAUUUUGUCAGCUAUUGCCCUCCCUGUCCUUGCUUUGGGACUUUUCAGCAACGGAGCUAUUUUCUGGUUUCUCUGCUGUAGAAUCAAAAAGACUAAAUACACUGUAUACGUGCUGAAUUUAGCCAUUGCUGAUUUCACUGUCAUCUUCUGUUUCAUCACAUACUUUCUCAUCAAUCUAGUUAUCUGGGAAAACCCUCUUCUGGACCCAUAUUUCUUUGGGGUAUUUGAUAGCUUGACUUUUUUUGGAUUCAACACCAGUUUUUUCCUUUUGACAGCAAUUAGUGUGGAGAGGUAUGUGGGCACUUUUUUCCCAUUCUGCUAUCGUUCUAAUCGGCCAAAGCAUCUUUCCACCAUACUGUGCACUGUCCUGUGGGUCCUCUCCUGUAUCAUGGUGGGAAUAGACUAUAUUUGUUGGAGGGAAUUUACCUCUUCCAGAACUACACACCCUGCAAAUAUAUUCAUUAUAAUCAUUUUCAUGCUAUUUUUGCCAACUAUGGUCUUUUGUAGCUUCAGCCUGUUUAUCAAAUUAUCAAGACACUCCCAGUCAAAGUCUCCAACUCAGUUUUACCGUACUGUUGUUAUCACAGUCAUUCUGUUCCUCAUCUUUGCUGUGCCACACAGGAUCAUAUGUCUGAUGGAAUACAUGCAGCCAGCAAUGGAAAUAAACUGGACCAUCAUUCAUAGUUUUUUCUUGCUUAAUCUAAUCAACAGCAGCUUCAAUCCUUUUGUUUACUUUUUCGUUGGAAGACAGAAAAAGCAGCAAUCUAAGGACUCCUUGCAUGCAGUGAUCUAUAGAUCCUGCAAUGAUGAAAUCCUGGAUCAUUUGAGCAGUGAACAAGUGGCAUGA